CUUUAUACAACCACAUGUGCUGAAGUGAGGAGAAAAGCUCACACCAUCCUGUUGUUUGGCUCAACUCUUUAACCAUGUGGCUUCAAAAUCUUCUGUUGAGUAUCGACUUCACGGGGCUGCUCCUGUUUGUUUUUCUUUUUCUUCUGGUAGCAGAUUUCCUCAAACACAGGAAUCCACCAAAUUAUCCUCCAGGGCCACUGGGUCUGCCCAUUGUGGGGAGCUUCUUCAGUGUGGACAGUAAACAUCCACACAUUUAUUUCAAUAAGCUCACCGAUGUUUAUGGAAAUGUGUUCAGUGUCCGCCUCGGCAGGGACAAGAUGGUGUUUUUGACCGGGUACAAGAUGGUCAAAGAAGCCUUAGUGACGCAAGCUGAGAACUUUGUGGAUCGACCAUUCAGUCCAAUGGCUGACAGGUUUUACUCAGGCACAGGUGGUCUAUUUAUGAGUAAUGGUGAACAAUGGAAGAAACAGCGGCGUUUCGCCUUGUCUACCUUACGCACAUUUGGCCUGGGCAAAAGUGUCAUGGAACAGAGUAUCUGUGAGGAGACCCGAUACCUGCUGGAGGUGAUAGAAAAGGAGAAAGGUGGACCUUUCAGCACAGCAGUCAUCUUCAACAACGCUGUGUCUAACAUCAUUUGUCAGAUGGUGAUGUCGAAACGCUUUGACUACAGUAAUCACAACUUCCAGACUAUGCUGAAGUAUUUGUCUGAGGUUCUGAUGCUGGAGGGCUCUGUGUGGGCUAUGCUGUAUGAGUCGUUCCCUGGCGUGAUGAAGCACUUGCCAGGUCCUCACAACAAAAUCUUCUCCAACUUUAAUAUCCUUAAAGACUUCAUCAGUGAGGAGGUCCAGAGGCACAAGAAGGACCUGGACCACAAUAAUCCUCGGGACUACAUGGAUGCUUUCCUCAUCGAAAUAGAGAAUCACAACAAGUCUGACCUGGGCUUCACUGAGACCAAUCUGACCUUGUGCUCUCUGGAUUUGUUCCUGGCUGGAACAGAAACAACCUCCACCACUUUGCAGUGGGCUUUGGUUUACCUCAUCAACCACCCUGAUGUCCAGGAAAAGGCCCAGGCAGAGAUUGACAGAGUGAUUGGACAGACUCGUCAGCCCAGUAUGGCUGACAGACCCAGCUUGCCCUACACUGAUGCUGUUAUCCAUGAGAUCCAGAGGAUGGGAAACAUUGUUCCUCAGAAUGCGCUCAGAAUGGCUGCCAAGGACACAACACUGGGCGGUUACUUCAUACCGAAGGGUACAUCCAUAUUGCCCAUGCUGACCUCUGUGCUGUUUGACAAGAAUGAAUGGGAAACUCCAGACACCUUCAAUCCUGGACACUUCCUCGAUGCUGAGGGAAAGUUUGUGAGGAAAGAAGCUCACCUUCCUUUCUCUACAGGGAAACGUGUGUGUCUUGGAGAAGGCCUGGCCAGGAUGGAGCUCUUCCUAUUUUUGGUAGCUUUACUCCAGAGGUUCUCCUUCUCUGCUCCUGAUGGAGUAGAGCUGAAUGCAGAGGGAGUUACUGGAGCGACACGAGUGCCACAUCCCUUCAAGGUUCAUGCUAAAGUUCGUUAAGUUUGGCAGAAUAUUACCAAACUGUAUGUCAAUUCUUUGUAAUAAAGUUGUUUUGUAAAACCAGUUGUUGAUCCAAGUAAAAAAGUAAAUGAAAAAUUCA